AUGACUCCCUGGGCCGUUCGUCGGGCCGAGAAAUUCCUCUCCGCUGUGUUGGAGUGCCGCUGUUCCCGGGAUGCCAGGGACUAUCUAAAGACUUGGUAUUCUAAAACCAAUGUCUUUUUUCUUGUUGUCCAGCUAUUGGUUUUUUCGGUCUCUUGGUGGGCCACCAGUAAGUGGAGCCUUGGAACAGACCUACAGCCAGCUUCGCUGUGCUGUCAGUGUUUUUCCUCGGCUCUUGUCGUUCUGGACCUCGUUUCCCUGUUCUCCUACCGUCUUCGCGCCGCGGAAUUUGGCUUUGCCAUAUUCAAUUCUGUCGUCGCUGGCUUCUCUUUGAUAACGAUGUUGUAUAUCGAUCACGAGAAGAAGAAGGAGGAUCGUAAGUGGAAAGAAGGUCCUGGCGAACUUGCUUCCUUGAUCCUGGCACUUUUCGAUAUUUGUCUCCUCGCGCUUGUUAUAAUUCGAUUGCGAGCCAUCGAAGCGCAAGCGAAGCGAGAGAUGAUGAAACGAGAAAGAUCUGCGAGAGAUCCCGCAUGGUGCUGUUCUGGGCUCGACCAUGCUUGCACCGAGUCCAGCGGCCAAGGGACCGCAUCCCGAGCCCCUACAGAGUUCGACGUUCACGGUCGUUGUCGGGCACUUUCCAUAAGUUCGAGCUGGGAAUCUCCUUGCGAACGCGAAGAACAAAUGAACUCAGAUCUGAUCGACCCAUUAGCUGCAUGGGAACUCAAAGACGGUCAGAUUACCUCCUACCAAUUACUUCAGCAUUGA